AGGAAGCCAUUUGCCAAGAAGUAAAAAAGACAGGUAGAAGAUCAAGAGCUGGAGAGAGAGUGGUGCAAUCUUUACCUCCAAGGGCUAACCCUUACCCCUAAAAUCCUGUUUUUAGGAGGCCAUAGGGACAUUGGGGCUAUGAAGAUGCAAGCACCCCCAGCAUGGAGCAGCUGAGGAGCUGAACUGCAGUGCGCCCACCGUAUAUUCUAGCAGCAGCAGAAGAAGACUUGGACAUGCUAUUGUGAUCCUCCUGGAUAAUCCUGGAAAUUGCUUCUCCAAAGCCCUCCCCACCCCCUUUCUCUCUUGCUCUUUUUUAUUCCUCCCAUCUGCAAUGUGAUCGGGGGAGGAGGAGGAGGAGGAAGAGGAGGAGGAAAAAAGACAGACAGAAAGAACAAGCAGACCUCCUCUCUGGAACAGAACAGAGUUUCUGCCCCAGGAUGCUCACUUGCAAACCUCUGGAGGAUGAAUAUUGGAUUGAAGGAUCCCAGAGAGAAUCAGCUUUGCAGGAUUUCUAUCUCAUGGGACCGGAGUUGGGCAGGGGGGCUACAUCUGUGGUUUACAGCUGCGAAGAGAGAGGAUCUCAGGUCCAGUAUGCUGCCAAAAUAUUGAAGAAAACGAUUGACAAGAAAAUUGUCAGAACUGAAAUUGGAGUUUUGCUGAGGCUCUCACAUCCAAACAUUAUCAAACUGAAAGACAUCUUCGAAACCCCCACAGAGAUCACACUUAUCCUUGAGCUGGUGACAGGUGGUGAGCUGUUUGACAGGAUUGUGGAGAGGGGAUUCUACAGUGAAAGGGAUGCGGCCCACGUGGUGAAACAGAUCCUGGAAGCUGUCUCC